CUUCAAUGAGGUAAAAGUCAACUUUUAUUCCCUCUCUAUCUGUCUCUCUAUCUCUCGUGCACACAACUUUUAGAAAGAUUGUCUCGCAAGUCACAAUAUUCCUAAGUUGACAAUGAAAGGAAUCCCAAGUUCGUCAAACCAGAUCCUAAACCAAGAUCUUGUUGAGGAUCAAUCAUUUGAGCUGGAAGAUUGGCUUCCAAUUACAGCAUCACGAAAUGCUAAUUGGUACUAUUCAGCUUUCCACAACGUCACUGCCAUAGUUGGUGCUGGAGUUCUUGGUCUCCCUUACGCCAUGUCAGAACUUGGAUGGGGACCUGGAGUUGUGGUGUUGAUCCUGUCAUGGGUCAUAACGUUAUACACGUUCUGGCAAAUGAUUGAGAUGCACGAAAUGUUUGAAGGGAAACGGUUUGAUAGGUACCACGAGCUAGGACAAGCAGCCUUUGGCAAAAAGCUUGGUUUGUACAUCGUCGUGCCGCUUCAACUUCUUGUUGAGACAAGUGCUUGCAUAGUGUAUAUGGUGACAGGAGGUGAAUCACUGAAAAAGAUUCAUCAACUUUCUGUGGGAGACUACGAGUGUAGAAAGUUGAAAGUUCGACACUUCAUUUUGAUCUUUGCCUCUUCACAGUUUGUGCUUUCCCUUCUUAAAAAUUUCAACUCCAUUUCCGGUGUCUCUUUGGUAGCUGCCGUCAUGUCUAUGAGCUAUUCCACAAUUGCUUGGGUAGCUUCACUGACAAAGGGUGUCGCGAACAAUGUUGAAUAUGGAUAUAAAAGAAGAAACAACACCUCAGUGCCAUUAGCCUUCUUAGGCGCAUUGGGGGAGAUGGCUUUUGCGUAUGCAGGUCACAAUGUUGUUUUAGAAAUUCAAGCAACGAUUCCAUCAACACCAGAAAAUCCAUCAAAACGACCCAUGUGGAAGGGAGCCAUUGUAGCCUAUAUUAUUGUAGCUUUCUGUUACUUCCCUGUGGCCCUUGUAGGGUUUUGGACAUUCGGAAACAACGUUGAAGAAAACAUUCUCAAAACACUCCGGGGCCCGAAGGGACUUAUAAUUGUGGCCAACAUUUUUGUGAUUAUACAUCUCAUGGGAAGCUACCAGGUGUACGCAAUGCCCGUGUUUGACAUGAUCGAAUCUGUAAUGAUAAAGAAAUGGCACUUCAGUCCAACAAGAGUUCUACGGUUUACCAUCCGUUGGACUUUUGUGGCCGCCACGAUGGGGAUAGCAGUCGCUCUACCGCAUUUCAGUGCUUUGCUGUCAUUUUUUGGAGGAUUCAUAUUUGCCCCGACCACAUACUUUAUCCCUUGCAUCAUAUGGCUGAUCCUGAAGAAACCAAAGAGAUUUAGUCUAUCAUGGUGUAUCAAUUGGAUUUGCAUCAUUCUUGGGGUUCUAGUGAUGAUUAUAGCACCUAUUGGGGGACUCGCCAAAUUAAUGAAUGCUUUAAAGCAACCCGACUCCAGUUGCAAAAGCACCUAAAUAUUGUACUGAAUUUUCUUGUAGGUAACACAAGUUUUUCUCUAGUAGUUUGAUAUAUUGUUUAAUCAUGGCUUCACUAUAACAAACUCUGAGUGUGAAUCUGUAUUGAAACAAAUGUAUGUGG